AUGUCCUUUAGAGAAAUAUACUUAAAACUAGCUUUUCUGAUUAAUAUCAUUUUAUACGUCCGAUGUCAGUGUAACGAAAACGACAGACACUUUCCAACACCGGUUUACUUUGUAGAUUUCAUUGCUCCAGUUUUGAUCAAUUGCAAUAUUUGGGAAUUGUUAUACUGGAGAGCUUCCGUCUUUCUCUCGAAAAUUAUUGUUCUGUAUGGUGAUAUGAUCAACAUUGUUCGAAAAAUACCGCUAGAUAUUGGUGGAGUCGAGCGCCUGAGGCAAGAAUUUAGUCUUGGCACGGGUUUCCUCCGAUUCUUGCUGCAAUUCUGUGCGUUAAUCUCCAUUUUCAAUACUUUCCAGUCUUUUUCCGUGUUCGCAAAACCGUUGAAUGGACCCAUAGGAACUUUGAACGAUGCUUUUCGGACGCAGGACAAAAUCUGCUCACUAGAUCAUAUCGACGGGCAAGGCAGCUACCGGCAUUUGGUCGGGACCCUUGCAGGGCUAGAUGUGGGAGUUCUAGGCCGCAGUAAAAAAAUCUAUACUGGGUUCAAAUUCCACCAAGUUUUUAGCUUCGGAGGCCUUUUCGAAAAAGCACAGCCUUCGAUAAAGAUGACGUACUGUAACCUAGGAAAGAUUCAAUGGCAAACAGAGCAGAAAAACUCACCUGGACUAGAAUGGGAAUCUCCCAUAUGCGUAUACACCCCGGCAAGUGCACCACCCGUAGUGCGAGGCAAUCGAUUUUGGCAAAUGUUCGCUUCCAAACGCAAGUCGAAAGUUCAACUCCAGUUAAGUCAAAAACAGCGGGCAACUGAUGACCUCGACAAUUUCCAUUGCUUCAAGAUAGCGCGUAGAGAAAAAUAUUCUCAUCGUAACUUAUCCAUACACAUGCCACACAAAUGGAUUGGUGGGCUUUUUUACUGUGACCUGGACAAUGAGGCAAAGAAAACAGUCUUGGACGGAAUGAGUGACAAUCUCGAAUCGCAAAAUCUAAAGAACCUUGCGAUAUGCAAGACGAGUAAUUCCAUCCCGCUGGAACCACUCAUAUCUGACAGUUAUUUGAAACAUUGGACAGAGGUGAGUCCCAAGUCUAAAGUGCCGAUUUUGAGAAGAAUAUCGAGAACCCAUAUGAGAAAAACAGUACCUUUUCUGCAUACACCAUGGGUCAAUCCUCUUUCCGGAAAUUUUAGCAUUCAAGAUCGAAUUGCCCUCAACAAUUCUUUUCCAAUCGGACAGUCUUUCAAUCUCGCAAAUCAUUUGAACUGGCCACGGGUAUCCAAAGAUGCGAAUGAACAAUUGCUCACCGACAUCGACCCAGAAGAAUGCUAUGAAGGUCAGAACAACGGCACAGGAAGGUCGCUAAUAGAAGACAAAAUCCGCAAAUUUGAAAAUUUCCUGGUUCGUGCUAGCCAACGCGGUGACAUGGGCUCGUAA